AUGGAGAGAGGUCUAGAGGAAGGUGACGUAUCAUCACCUGCUGAUUCAGAAGCACUCCAAUUUGAUGAUGACACUUUACGAGGUGAGGAGAGAAAUGCUCUUUUUUUAAUUUCAUAAUACAUUGUCAAGAAGAGAAAAAAUUUGCAUUCCGUUACACAGAAGAUCUCUACCUAUUCACAGAUACAUUUUGCCAAAGUGUGAGACCUAAUAUAAUUGUUACAAGGGAAAACCCUGGUCAGGGGUCAGAGACCAACAUGCAGCAAAUAUAUUCUCGUUUUUAGAAGGAAAGUUUUAAAAAAUUACUUAUUUAUAAUUUGCUGCGUUAUAGCAAUUGCAGAGGUUUACAAAAAUGAAGGUAACGAUGAGUACAACAAGAAGAAUUUCCACAACGCCAUUAACUACUACACAGACGGAAUUAAAGUAAACUGCAAGGAUAAAGAACUGAACGCCAAUCUGUACAGUAACAGGGCAGCAGCAUAUUUUAAUGUGGGUGAGUAGUUGCUAUUAUAGUUUAGUCAAGAAAUGUAUAAUGUUUUAAUAAGACUUUUAUGCUCCAUGUUCCUUUAGAUAGUAUUAUUGAGUCAGUUAUUGCUGUUGGUGGAGUCUUGCUUUGGGUGAGCUCUGUUUGCUGGGAUACCCAAUAAUGACAAUUCCAGUUUGGGAUAAAAUUUGGCCUCAAGAGUGGCCGUUUAUUUCAUUUAAGCAUAUCAAGCUAGGAAAGUCCAGAUACACAAGAAGAUUUAUCCCAGCAAAGGUGAGGGCACACCCGCCACAGCCCGGAGCAAGAAACGAGUGACAGGGCAGCCCCACCCGAGGCCAAAGCAAGAGAACCACCAACAAAAACCUUAGUAAUCUAGAAGCAAAAUGUACAAGUGUAGCUAUAAAAAUGGAUCAAUUAUGUCAUAGGAAAGGUGCAAGGUUAAAUGAAUGAGAUUGCUUAAUUGCCCCUACUGGAUUACUAUUUAUCACCAGGUCCCUAUUGCCAGACCUAUGGGUUGUUCACUCAGAUUGAGAUAAUCCAGGAUUAGCACUAAAUUGACUUGACACCUGCACGUUAACCACUUAAGGCUAAUACCACAGUGUUAAUACUAUUUGCCCAUAAUUAAUCAAAAAUAGACGUUCUUAAACAACUAAUAAUAAGAAAAUUGAGAAAAUUGAAAAUAAUUUUGAAGGAAGGAAAAAGGAAUCCAGAUUAAAUUUAAACCUUGUAUCAUCAAACAUAAUUGUCCUAUACCGGUACUUAAAUAGCUCACUGAUGUAACUGAUUAAAGUGAAAUCCAUGAGAUGGCUGUAUGGCCCCUGCACACACAGUCACACAGAAUUAUACCUAUCAAUACUCUGAAAUAGCUCACUGAUGUAACUGAUUAAAGUGAAAUCUGUGGGAUGGCUGUAUGGCCCCUGCACACACAGUCACACAGAAUUAUACUUAUCAAUCGUCUGAAAUAGCCUACUGAUGUAACUGAUUAAAGUGAAAAUCUGUGGGAUGGCUGUAUGGCCCCUGCAGACACAGUCACACAGAAUUAUACUUAUCAAUAGUCUGAAAUAGCUCACUGAUGUAACUGAUUAAAGUGAAAAUCUGUGGAAUGGCUGUGUGGCCCCUGCACACACAGUCACACCGAAUUAUACACUUAUCAAAAGUCUGAAAUAGCUCAAAGAUGUAAGUGAUUAAAAUGAAAUCUGUGAGAUGGCUGUAUGGCCCUUGCACACACAGUCACUCAGAAUUAUACUUAUCAAAAGUCUGAAAUAGCUCACUGCUGUACAGUAACUGACUAAAGUGAAAUCCGUGUGAUGGCUGUAUGGCCCUUGCACACAUGCACAGUCACACAUAAUUAUUAUACUUAUUGAAAGUCUGAAAUAGUUCACUCCUGUAAGUGAUUAAAAAGAAAUCUGUGGGAUGGCUGUAUGGCCCUUGUACACACAGUCACACAGAAUUAUUCUUAUUGAAGUCUGAAAUAGCUCACUGAUAUAAAAUAACUGAUUAAAAUGAAAUCUGUUGGAUGGCUGUAUGGCCCUUGCACACACAGUCGCACACAAUUAUUCUUAUCAAAAGCCUAAAAUAUGUAGCUCACUGAUGUACAGUAACUGAUUAAAAUGAACAUGAUCUGUGAGAUGGCUGUAUGGCCCCUGCUCACACAGUCACCCUGAAUUAUACUAAUAACAAUUCUGAAAUAACUUGCUGAUGUAACUGGUAAAAAUAAAAAUCUGUGAGAUGGCUGUAUGGCCCCUGCUCACACAGUCAUCUUGAAAGUGUAGAGUUAUUGCCCAAGCCGAAAUCGCCUAGGAAACUAACAGCUAAAUUAAGUGAAUAAUUUUAUUUAAUAAGAUGGGCCGGAUGGCCUUGACUCAUGCAGUGAGAAUUCUAUGUAUGACCAUGUCGCUGUCCAUCUGUCUGCAUUGUGUACCGGUAAAUGCAAGUACCAUAUGGCGUACUAUAUACUUGAGCAGGAAUUAUGUGAUGUAGCCCAGAGAUGACAAGCAAGAUAACACAAACCAAACAGUUCACACCCAACCACAGUUUAUCAAUAUCCAGCAUUAAGCCAAGGUUGCCUGUGCUGCCUAAUUAGCUGUCGAUGCCACAUACUGAGGGAAGCAGCAGCUGGUCUUGCAUAGCCAUGCACUAUUAAAUGCAACUCCUGGAGAACUGAUCAGCAGAACAUGUACAACGUAACUACAUGUAUGUUGAAUUGAAUUGACGACCCACAGAGGAUGCAGAGCUACAGGUGUUCACUCUCUCAAGAGAGUACUCUGCCCAAGACCACUUCAUUGAAAACAUGUCCGUGAAAGUGAUGAAUUGCCUGCAUAUACCCUAGCACCUGCAAUAAAAUGAAAAACUAUAAAAACGAACUUUUGUAAACAGGCUAGAAUGUGCUGCCAUUGAUAAACAACGCAUAAACCAUCAAUGAAUCCAUUAGGAUCCCCAAAACGAGCUGAUUCAACGGUAAAUUCCUCAAAAAGAACAACAAAGUUAAAAGUAAUGAAGUGAUGUGGUGAGGGAAGCAUAAGCCUUUUGUCCCCUCACAACAAACAUGGGACUAUAACCAGAGAUAAAAUUAAUCUAGCUGCAUGUACCUGUAAACUAAAAUAGUGGAUUACACAAUUAAAGAAUAAAAAGUUGGCAUAAAAGGUAAAAAAAAUGAGAAUGGUAAAUUCAAACCAAAUAAUAUUUGCAUCAGGUUCCCUAGACACAAAUACAAAUGGAACUGAAUCACACACAUAUCCUGCAAACAAAUCAAAUAUGCAGUACAAACAAGAGCAACGUGUGUCUACAACAAUGAGGACCAAAGCCUCAAACUGAGGAACAUAGCCUCAAUAAUAUUACCGGUACAUAACAAUGAUGAGGAGGAAGCCUUGAGCUAAAAUCCAAGGACAAAGUUUCAAAAUAACCUAUGAGGACAAAGCCUCAACAUAAAUUGUGAAGACAAAGCCCCAAUAUAAAAUAGGAGGAUGAAGCCUCAUUGUAAAAUAUGAGGAUACUGAGCUUCAAGAAAAAUCAGAGGAUGAAGCUUUAAAAUAGAAUAAUUUAUGAGGAGGACGUUACAAUUAUUAUAAACCUGCAAAGAAAUAAAUAGUAUUGCAGUGCCCCAAACAUUGAUCACCCCUGAGGGAAGGAAUAUAACAGAGGCUCUAACAGUUAGCACCAUAAAAAGGGGGUGGCUGAUGCUCACAUAACAAGUAACAACACCACCGUGGUGAACAGUUAGCACCAUUCUAAACAGGGUGGCUCAAACAGUUAACACCCGAAUAAGACUAAUAGCAUGAUGGCUUGAACAGUUAGCACCAUAGAAAAUAGGGUGGCCCAAACAGGUAACAUCCGUGAAAGAACUAACCAUAAUGGUGGCUUGAACAGUAGCAUCAUAGACAAUAUGGUGGCUCAAACCGUUAACACCCGUGAAAAAGCUAAGAACAUGGUGGCUUGAACAGUUAGCACCAUAGAAAAUACUGGGUGGCUGAAACAGUUAACACCCGCAAAAAAGCUAAGAACAUGGUGGCUUGAACAGUUAGCACCAUAGAAAAUACUGGGUGAACAGUAGCAUCAUAGACAAUAGGGUGGCUCAAGCAGUUAACACCCGCAAAAAAGCUAAGAACAUGGUGGCUUGAACAGUUAGCACCAUAGAAAAUACUGGGUUGCUCAAACAGUUAACACCCGCAAAAAAGCUAAGAACGUGGUGGCUUGAACAUUUAGCACCAUAGAAAAUACUGGGUGGCUCAAACAGUUAACACGCGCAAAAAAGCUAAGAACAUGGUGGCUUGAACAGUUAGCACCAUAAAAAAUGCAGGGUGGCUCAAACAGUCAACACCUGCAAAAAAGCUAUCAACAUGGUGGCUUGAACAGUUAGCUCCAUAGAAAAUACUGGGUGGCUCAAACAGUUAACACCCGUGAAAAAACUAAGAACAUGGUGGCUUGAACAGUUAGCACCAUAGAAAAUACUGGGUUGCUCAAACAGUUAACACCCGCAAAAAAGCUAAGAACAUGGUGGCUUGAACAUUUAGCACCAUAGAAAAUACUGGGUGGCUCAAACAGUUAACACGCGCAAAAAAGCUAAGAACAUGGUGGCUUGAACAGUUAGCACCAUAGAAAAGACUUGGGUGGCUCAAACAGUUAACACCCGCAAAAAAGCUAAGAACAUGGUGGCUUGAACAGUUAGCACCAUAGAAAAUACGGGGUGGCUCAAACAGUUAACAACCGCAAACAAGCUAAGAACAUGGUGGCUUGAACAGUUAGCACCAUAGAAAAUACGGGGUGACUCAAACAGUAGCUUGCGUAGCAAGCGUUUCCAAUCGAGUUAUUGCGCGAAAGUUAGAGCGGAAGCGAAAAAAAGCCUGUCCCAGCUUUCUAGACAAACCUCGCAAGGAAACGCUUGCUACGCAGGCUACUCAAACAGUUAACACCUAUGAAAGAACUAAAAAUCAUGGUGGCUUGAACAGUAGCACCAUAGACAAUAGGGUGGCUCAUGAUCAAACCGUUAGCACCUGCCUGUGAAAAAGCUAACAACAUGGUGGCUUGAAUAGUUGGCACCAUAGAAAAUAGGGUGGCUCCAAGAGUUAACACCCGUGAAGAACUACUCCAGUGGAGGAACAAAUCCUCACAAUGAAAAACACUGGCAACAGAAUGUCGCCGACAGUGAGUAAAGGAAAACAACAGAACAUGACGAUACACCACGUAACAUGACAUACAAAACCGACCUCUGAACAGCACACAAGAACCCUAAUGAAAUUAUGCUCAUACCUCUGUCAGAUAUCUUUUAAUAAUGGUUGCAAUGCCGGUAAUUUCUAAAACCUUGUAAAUGCAUUGAGGGAAUGGAACAUAAAGUUUUAGCUGGUAGGGUUGGAUAAUGUAUCGGUUUUUUUUGUUUUGUUUUGUUUUGUUUUUUUGGUUUUCUGAUAAUAAUUAAAGGUUACAAGUAAGCUCACUCAGAGUCCAAAGGUCAAAAAUGCUCAAACGUGCAAAAUUGUAACUUCAGAAUAUCAAUAAAAUAAAGUGCCUUUACAAAUCAUAACACAGCUAAGAUUAUGAAUAAAGGGAUUCAUUACUGAGCUGGUGUAAACAAAUAUUUCAAAUUAAAUAUCGAUCGAGUGAUAUUUUGCGCUAGUUGGCACUAGCGAUACAACUAGCUGAAGUAGCAACACGAGGUACAACGAAGUAUGAACAACGAACAGAAUAGCAUACACGCCAGUGUAACUACCAACAUUUAACUGGCCGAUUGAAUGAAGAAUUCGAUUUUAUAUUAGCAUAAACGACCGUAACGUGUAUCAAUUCCCGCAAUCAACAAGACGAUCGUGUGCACGCACAUCAUCUCAGAUUAGACUACGAGUAGUCCCCCAUUUUUCCUCAGGGAUAGUAGAGCGAGCGAAACGCGAAACGCGAGCGCCCGUGAAAAUCACCCCACGCGAGAAAAGGCGACACGCGGCGGGGAGAGAGAUAGGGUUAAGAAUCCCAACUGGCCGGAGGCAAACCACCUGGCUAUUUACAAGCAUGGCAGCACAGGUAGCCCAAGCUCGAAAUAUGAGCAUCGGCGAGCAUCGGCAUUGUUGCGUAACAUUCGAAAUAUAAGGAUUUGUAUGGGGGAAAAAAACCUAUCGUUUCUGUAACCUACGAAAGUGAAGGAUUUCAAUAAAAAACAGCUUACCUUACUUAAAAUGUGUGUUGAGUCUCUCCUAUGUGGUCCACGGGCCGAUUUAUGGCCGUUUUAUGGGUUUUUAUGUAGAGAGAAAACCGUUUACAUAAAAACCCAUAAAACGGCCAUAAAUCGGCCCGUGGACCACACAGGAGAAACGUAACACAUAUUUUAAGUAAGGUAAGCUGUUUUUUAUUGAAAUCCUUUCAUUUUCGUAGGUUGCAGAAACGAUAGGGUUUUUUUCCCAUACAAAUCCUUAUAUUUUGAAUGUUACGAAACAAUGCCGAUGUUCGCCGAUGCUCGUAUUUCGAACUUAGGCUACCUGUGAUCAGGUGAUGGCAGAGGAUUUGAACUCGGGACUACCGAGAACAAAUCCCGAGCUAGCGGUCGGGGCGGGACUUGAACUCGGGGCCUCCAAAUUGCAAGUCCAGCGCUCUAACCGCUCGGCAACGCUGCCUGAAAGAGCGGAUCUAAAGUUACUAUUGCUGCUCACUCUUUAUGCAGGAGGCGCAAGCGUGGCCGAUUCAGGCGCUACGCUUACCGUGUUCAAAUCCUAGACCACAAUUGUAAAUAGCCAACUGGUUUGCAUCCGGCCAGAUGGCAUCCUGAACCCUAAUAUGAUUUAUCUGAAUUGUUCGCUUUGCCCCACAAGCUUUCCCACUACAUAAUAACGAAGGUGAAUAAGGGAAUCGAAUAACGAUGCAAACUAUGUUUAUGGUAAGCUGCUUUAGGGGGCAGACUACGUUCAACUGCUGCUUGGCAUAUUUGACUAUAGUAACCGUUCAAUAUUCGAACUGGACCUGAUAUGCGGCCAAUCCCACAAUUGUUUCGGCUCCAGAAAAAUUUGGAAGGAGCCACCACAAUGCGAGCAGAAUUACUGACACGGCAGACUGCUAAGGAAAACAACAUAAAAUAAAUGUAAUCCGUUAUACCCAGUAAAACGAUGGGAACGUGUCAAUUAAACAGCCUUUCUUGUGUGUAAUUGUUUGUCUGCGUUUAUUCUUUUGUAGGGAUCUACACUGAAACACUGAAUGAUGCAAAAAUUGCCAUCAACUUGCAACCAUAUUUUUCAAAAGCAUUUGUCCAAGGUAAAUAAACUCAAAGAUCCAUCGCUAGUGUUUCUAUCCAGACCACGAUUAUUGAUUUGGUUAUCGCUAUCAAACUCUUCAACGCAGACAGGCUGGAAGAAAACUCCCCUCUGAUACUGUUAUCGACCUUGGGGUUGUUAAUAAUGUCCUUAUCUUCCUUGUUCGCAAAUUUGGUGCUCUCAUAGCAGCGUUAAUUAAGCCGUUUGGCUUAAAGUUGGUAGUGUUGAUAAUAUAGUAUAGUAUUCACUAUAGAGAUGGACCUUUAGAAAAUUAAUAGGGAAUGGAGAAUUGUCAAACCGGAUGAAUUUUUCUUUGUAAGGCAAUAACUCUUGCGGCAAUUAUCAUCUCUUGACGUCAAAAACAUCUACGCUUCUAUUGCGUUGAGACAACUUCAAGUCAGUGUCAGGGUUGGUGAAUGAUAAUGAGAAAAUUUGUAGAAGUACGCACUAAAUCAAUUAAUCCUCUGACCUUGUUUUUAUGAGGGUGUGUGACUUGUGAUCACUUGUCUUUUGCAUGUAGGUGGUAAACGUCUCUCUUGAUCCUAAAAUAUUGUUCUUUAGGUAGCAGAACGGCUUUUGCGUGUGGCAAUUUUUAGUUGCUUUUGUAGCUCAAAUUGGUUAAAGCUGAAUUGUAAUUAAAACAGAGCUUUUUUUGUUUUCAGGUGCAAGUGCCUGCGUUCAGCUGAGACAUUUUAACGAAGCCAUCACUUGGUGUGAUAAAGGAUUAACAGUAUCCUUUUCUGUAGGUAAUACUGAGAGAUGUCCAGUAAUGAAAUUGAAUUUCAUUAUAUUCCAUUCAUCCAUUAGACAGAUUCCAUUUAUUUCGAUUCUAUGUAAUACGAUUUUACAAGGCUUACAUUCUGCCCCAUCUGGCCAGUGCUGUGGACCGUUCUUAUAAUUGUCAAUUUUUGUAAGCUUUUCAUGUUUACGUUGAUAGAUAAGCAAUUGUUCUUGUGGUAAAGAUCAUUUCGUUUCAAUCCUUUAUUUUUUUCUGAUCAACGAAAAUGUCUCUUGUGUCCGCCCACGCGCGUCUCGAAAUCGUACCUCAGCAAACUUGUUAUCCUUCAAAAACGCGCUCUUCGAUUACUUUGCUCCCAGUUAUCCUCAUUCUUGUCCUGUUUUCAUGAAAGCAAAUAUUUAACUCUAAGAAUGAUAUAUUUUAUUGUAACCUGGCGAAUUUGAUGCUUGAUAUUUGUAAGCGACUAGCCCCUUCGCUGUUAGGAAAUGUUUUCACUAGAUCAAAUGAAAUUUUCAGAUAUAAUACGAGGCACGCUACUAAAGGUAAUAAUUGAAAGAAGUAAAGAUGGAAAUUUUCAAAUGUUCAUUUUCAAGAACUAGAGCAAAAGUAUGAAACCUAAUUCCUCCUUACUGGAGAGACACUUCUAAAUCCAUUUUUAAGAGAAAAAUUCGCGGAUUUCAGUUGGAUACUCUUUUGGAUAGGGAUGACUAGGUUGAAGUGGACACUUUAGUUCAAAGACAACACCCAGGCUCUUCAAAAUAGAUGUAAGGUAUUUAAUUAAGUUUAACAAUCUCAGCUAUGAACCUGAUAUAUGGCCUCGCUCUCCUUGAGUUCUCCGUAGCUCAAGUAGAUAGAGCGCCCGCCCGGUGUUUGGGAGGUCAUAGGUUCGAAUCGUGUCGGGGACUCAGAUUUUUUCUUUGUUCCACGCUCGUGAUAUGAUGAUUAUUUCAUUUUCACAAUUCUCAGCUAAUAAUUUAGACCGCGCAGGUAUCAAGUUUUGUUCUCUUUGCCAUAUUAUUAUGGCUAGUUUUUCAGUCUUUUCGUUUUUGACUAGUCCACUUUACCACCCGCCUCGAUUAGCAAGUAGAGUGCUCGGCUUGCUCUGCGCUUCGCUCAUCGAUUUUUAUUUUUCGCUUUUCCCCCACUGUGGAGCCUGGUCCCAGGCAAGAUGGGAGGCAGCGUGGCCGAGUGGUCAGCGCGUCGGACUCGCAAUCUCGCGGUGCCGGGCUCGAGUCCUCCUGUGGCCACUUGCUGGAUUUGCUCUCUGUCGUUCCGAAUUCAGAUUCUCGGCCACGCUUGUAAAUAGUCAACUGGUUGCUGCCUCCUGCCGGUUGGGGUUUUUACUCCUGUUAUGUUCUGUUUGGAUCCGGAUUAUUUGUUUCUAAUUACCGUAUUUAUUCGAAUAAGCGCCCAACCUCGAAUUAGCGCCCACCUGGAAUAAGCGCCCAUCCUUAAGGCAGGAAAAGUUAAUAAGCGCCCAGCCUCGAAUAAGCGCCCAGCCUCGAAUAAGCGCCCACCCCCUCCUCCUCCCAAACAAACUCAAAAAAGCGCUCACCCCAACCCCACCCACUUGAGUGAAUAAAUUCUAAUAAGAGACUUCCCGGAGGACGGAGUUUUCUUCUGAGUAUUAUACAGAAACCUUUCUUUGUUACUUCUCCACGUUUUGUUAUUAGCAUUUAUUGUUUUGUUGCAAAAUAAACAUACUUCACUUGCUGAAAAUAGUGAAAAUUUAAUUAGCGCCCAGCCUCGAAUAAGCGCCCACCUUGAAUAAGCGCCCACUCUCAAGGUCCAAAAAUUUAAUAAGCGCCCAGGGCGGUUAAUCGAAUAAAUACGGUAUCUGAGUGGAGUGCCUGUAAACUAGCUGGAUAAGCUAAGUGCACUUUUCAUUGAAACUUUAAGUCCAGUUCUGGCCCCUCUCUCUCUGUCACGCAACGCCGGGGACAAUUGUUUGCGCAUGUCAGCAUGCGCAGUAGUUUUAGCUACUUUUCUAGCUAAUUGCCACUGCGCAUGAGUGUAUCUAGAAAACCACAGUGCUUCAACAUGGCGGUUCAUUGUCACUCGUUAGUGAAUGAAAAGUACGGAGAAAUGUUUCCUGAAUAUGGUAGGGGUUUUAUCGGUGCAUUAAGUUCGGCCAUUUCAUUUUGUGGACUGAAGUUUCUUCUUAAAAAGGAACAAAUUCACGCUGUCCACGAUUGUCUGAAGGGAACAGACGUGGUUGUAAAUUUGCCCACUGGCUAUGGUAAAAGUCUGUGUUACGCGUUGUGUCCUCUUAGUACCGAUAAUUUUCGCGGUGUCACGAGAAAGAAGCAAAGGAGCAUUCUCGUUUUACACCUGUCUUUGUUUCCGUUGCCAACUUUCGUCGGAGUUUAUUCUGCCAUCGCAUCACGAUAAUUACGGUCUGCUUCACCGCUUCUAAAACUUCGCGCCAGUUUUUCAUACGCGACAUGGAGCGUAACAUGUCUGCUGUGAUUGGUUUAUUUAGGACAUGCGCAAACAAUUGUCCCUGGACCCUCUCUCCCGGCGUUGCGUGACAGAGAGAGAGGGGCCAGAACUGGACUAUAGAGUGUUGGGUAUAUCAUCAGGGAAACGUGCUUCAAAUAAUAGACAGAUUGUGAAAAUUAUUUACCAAUUUAACUUGUGAAAGAUGGACCAGAAAAACCAGAAGUUGCUGGAAAUACGAAAUGGGUCUGUAAGAAAACAAAAGGAAAUGAAAGAUAAUUACAGAGAAGAGGUGAGUAUAAUGGAGAAACUACCUUAG